AUGGGGAUAUUUAUAGAGGCGAUUAUUUUUUAGAUGGAUAUCUAUUAGUUCUUAAUAGCCAUAGUUAUUCUAUUGCUAUCGACACUAUUAUUUUUCAAAUUUAGAGCAAACAAAUAUAAAAAGCUAACUCCUAUUGAAAGAUAAGCGUUUUAAUUGUUAACUAAAGGGUAAAUAGCAGAAUUUAAGAAACAUAUAGAAGAAAAUUAAAUAGAUCCUAAUUUGCAAGAUUUUCAAAAUUUACAUCUUCUCCAUUGUGCAGUAGGAUUAUGCAAUAAUUAGGAAUAAUAAGGCAUAGAAGCAAUCAAAUAUUUACUUGAAAAAGGUGCAAACAUUAAUUGUUUAGAUUAAUCAGGCAGGACUCCAAUUCUAAUGGCAUCAAACUGGAGCAAUUAAAAAGUAGUAGAUUUAUUAUGCUCCUUCAAUGCAGAUUUAAAUAAAACAGUAUUCCAUCAUGGAUAUCCUGUGAAUCCGUUAUAUUUUGUCUUGUAGAGAGAAAAGUAUAAAAUGGCAUGGCACUUGAUAUAAAAGGGAUCUUCUAUUGAAAUAAUUGAUGAAAUUAACAGUAAAUCUAACAAGUUCAAAUUAGGAGCUGCUUAACUUGAAUUCUUAGAAAAAUGCAAGUUAACAUUGAAAAGAAUUGAAAAUAAGAAAAAAUUAUGUUUAGCAAGGACUUAUUAAGAAAUAUAUGUAAAGAAGAUUGAAAGCUAAGAGCAUAAAAUUGUUGAAGAUAGUGAAAAGCCAUCAAUAAUUUUAUCUAUGUUAAAUAAAAAUGAAUUUUAUGAAAUUUGUAAAUACUAUUUAUGA